UGGUGGGAAAGGAGGGGGGUGGGUGGACGUCAGGACUUGGGCUUUAUCUCCCCUGGCUGCGGGAGUGCAGCCCCCGGGUCACUUAGCAGUGAGCCAGCGCUGAGCUGCCGCAGUCCCCUCGGCCUCGGCUGCCGGGGAGCAUGGCCUAGGCGGGCGGCCCCGUCGUGCGGCGCUGAGCUUCCCAGUGGACCUUGGAGAUACCUGCUGCCCCCGCUUGCAGAGGAAGAUGAUUCCUGCCAGACUUGCGACGGUGCUGCUGGCUCUGGCCCUCACCUUGUCAGGGACCCUUUGUACAAAACGGACUGUUGGCAGGUCACCGAUGGCCCGGUGCAGCCUCUUUGGAGAUGACUUCAUCAAUACCUUCGAUGAGAGCAUGUACAGCUUUGCGGGAGAUUGCAGUUAUCUCCUGGCUGGAGACUGCCAGAAGCACUCCUUCUCGCUAAUCGGGGGCUUCCAAAAUGGCAGGAGAGUGAGCCUCUCCGUGUAUCUGGGAGAAUUUUUCGACAUCCAUUUGUUUGUCAAUGGUACUGCACUGCAGGGGACCCAAAUCAUCGCCAUGCCCUAUGCCUCCAACGGGCUCUACCUGGAGAUCGAGGCUGGCUACUACAAGCUGUCCAGUGAGGCCUACGGCUUUGUGGCCAAAAUUGACAGCAGUGGCAACUUUCAAGUCCUGCUGUCAGACAGAAACUUCAACAAGACCUGUGGGCUCUGUGGCAACUUUAACAUCUUCUCCGAGGAUGACUUCAGGACGCAAGAAGGGACCUUGACCUCGGACCCCUACAACUUUGCCAAUUCCUGGGCCAUGAGCAGCGGGGAAAAACGGUGCAAACGGGUGUACCCUCCCAGCAGCCCAUGCAAUGUCUCCUCUGAGGAAAUGCAGCAGGGCCCGUGGGAGCAGUGCCAGCUUCUGAAGAGCGCCUCGGUGUUUGCCCGCUGCCACCCUCUGGUGGACCCUGAGCCUUUUGUGGCCCUGUGUGAAAGGACGCUGUGCACGUGUGCCCCGGGGCAGAGGUGCCCUUGUGCAGUCCUCCUGGAGUACGCCCGGGCCUGUGCCCAGCAGGGCAUGGUCUUGUACGGCUGGACCGACCACAGCGCCUGCCGACCGGCAUGCCCGGCUGGCAUGGAGUACAAGGAGUGCGUGUCCCCUUGCACCAGAACUUGCCAGAGCCUGCAGGUCCAAGCAGUGUGUCAGGAGCAAUGCGUGGAUGGCUGCAGCUGCCCUGAGGGACAGCUCCUGGAUGAAGGCCGCUGCGUGGGGAGCGCUGACUGUUCCUGUGUGCACGCCGGGCAGCGGUACCCUCCGGGCACCUCCCUCUCGCAGGACUGCAACACCUGCAUUUGCCGGAAUAGCCUGUGGAUCUGCAGCAAUGAAGAAUGCCCAGGGGAGUGUCUCGUCACAGGACAGUCCCACUUCAAGAGCUUUGACAACCGGUUCUUCACCUUCAGUGGGGUCUGCCAGUACCUGCUGGCCCAGGACUGCCAGGACCACACCUUCUCUGUUGUCAUCGAUACUGUGCAGUGCGCCGAUGACCCUGAUGCUGUCUGCACCCGCUCAGUCACCGUCCGCCUGCCGGGACUGCACAACAGCCUCGUGAAGCUGAAGCACGGGGGAGGCCUGUCUGUGGAUGGCCAGGAUGUCCAGAUCCCUCUCCUGCAAGGUGACCUCCGCAUCCAGCACACCGUGAUGGCCUCCGUGCGCCUCAGCUAUGGGGAGGACCUGCAGAUGGACUGGGAUGGCCGUGGGAGGCUGCUGGUGAUGCUGUCCCCAGUCUACGCGGGGAAGACGUGCGGCCUGUGCGGGAAUUACAACGGCAACAGGGGGGACGACUUCGUCACGCCCGCAGGCCUGGCGGAGCCCCUGGUGGAGGACUUCGGGAACGCCUGGAAACUGCACGGGGACUGUGAAAACCUGCAGAAGCAGCCCAGCGAUCCGUGCAGCCUCAACCCACGCCUGACCAGGUUUGCAGACGAGGCAUGCGCCCUGCUGACGUCCUCCAAGUUCGAGGCCUGCCACCGCGCCGUGGGCCCUCUGCCCUACGUGCAGAACUGCCGCUACGACGUCUGCUCCUGCUCCGACGGCAGAGACUGCCUUUGCAGCGCCGUGGCCAACUACGCCGCAGCCUGUGCCCGGAAAGGCGUGCACAUCGGGUGGCGGGAGCCCAGCUUCUGUGCGCUGAGCUGCCCGCAGGGCCAGAUGUAUCUUCAGUGUGGGACCCCCUGCAACAUGACCUGCCGCUCCCUUUCUUACCCGGAUGAGGACUGCGAAGAGGUCUGCUCGGAAGGCUGCUUCUGCCCGCCAGGGCUGUACCUGGACGAGAGGGGAGAGUGCGUGCCCAAGGCCCAGUGCCCCUGCUACUAUGAUGGCGAGAUCUUUCAGCCCGAAGACAUCUUCUCAGACCAUCACACCAUGUGCUACUGUGAGGACGGCUUCAUGCACUGUACCACGAGUGGCGCCCCGGGAAGCCUGCUGCCCGACACCAUGCUCGGCAGUCCCCGGUCUCACCGCAGCAAAAGGAGCCUGUCCUGCCGGCCCCCCAUGGUCAAGUUGGUGUGCCCCGCUGAUAACCCGAGGGCUGAAGGGCUCGAGUGUGCCAAAACCUGCCAGAACUACGACCUGCAGUGCAUGAGCACGGGCUGUGUCUCCGGUUGCCUCUGCCCCCCGGGCAUGGUCCGGCAUGAGAACAGGUGUGUGGCACUGGAAAGGUGUCCCUGCUUCCACCAAGGCAGAGAGUACGCCCCAGGAGAAACCGUGACAAUUGACUGCAACACUUGUGUCUGUCGGGACCGGAAGUGGAACUGCACGGACCACGUGUGUGACGCCACGUGCUCUGCCAUCGGCGUGGCGCACUACCUCACCUUCGACGGCCUCAAAUACCUGUUUCCUGGGGAGUGCCAGUACGUUCUGGUGCAGGAUUACUGUGACAGUAACUCUGGGACCUUCCGGAUCCUGGUGGGGAACGAGGGGUGCAGCUACCCUUCAGUGAAAUGCAAGAAGCGGGUCACCAUCCUGGUGGAAGGAGGAGAGAUUGAACUGUUUGAUGGGGAGGUGAAUGUGAAGAAGCCCAUGGAGGAUGAGACCCACUUCGAGGUGGUGGAGUCCGGUCAGUACGUCAUCCUGCUGCUGGGCAAGGCACUCUCCGUGGUCUGGGACCACCGCCUGAGCAUCUCCGUGAGCCUGAAGCGGACCUACCAGGAGCGGGUGUGUGGCCUGUGCGGGAAUUUUGAUGGCGUCCAGAACAAUGACUUCACCAGCAGCAGCCUCCAGUUGGAAGAGGACCCCGUGGACUUUGGGAAUUCCUGGAAAGUGAACCCGCAGUGUGCCGACACCGGCAAAGUGCCCCUGGACUCGUCUCCUGCCGUCUGCCACAACAACCUCAUGAAACAGACGAUGGUAGAUUCCUCCUGCAGGAUCCUCACCAGUGAUCUUUUCCAGGACUGCAACAGGCUGGUGGACCCUGAGCCAUACCUGGACGUUUGCAUCUAUGACACUUGCUCCUGUGAGUCCACUGGGGACUGUGCCUGCUUCUGUGACACCAUUGCUGCCUAUGCCCAUGUGUGUGCCCAGCACGGCAAGGUGGUGGCCUGGAGGACAGCUACAUUGUGUCCCCAGAACUGCGAGGAGAGGAAUCUCCACGAGAAUGGGUAUGAGUGCGAGUGGCGCUUUAACAGCUGUGCCCCUGCCUGUCCCAUCACGUGCCAGCACCCCGAGCCACUGGCGUGCCCUGUGCAGUGUGUCGAAGGCUGCCACGCACACUGCCCUCCAGGGAAAAUCCUGGAUGAGCUUUUGCAGACCUGCAUCGACCCUGAAGACUGUCCUGUGUGUGAGGUGGCUGGUCGUCGCUUGGCCCCGGGAAAGAAGAUCACCUUGGACCCCGAUGACCCUGAGCACUGCCAGAUUUGCCAUUGUGAGGGCGUCAACCUCACCUGUGAGGCCUGCAGGGAACCGGGAGGCCUCGUGGUGCCCCCCACGGAAGGCCCUGUCGCCUCCACCACCGAGUAUGUGGAGGACACCCCAGAGCCGCCCCUCCAUGACUUCUACUGCAGCAAGCUUCUGGACCUGGUUUUCCUGCUAGAUGGCUCCUCCAAGCUGUCCGAGGAUGAGUUCCAGGUGCUGAAGGUCUUCGUGGUCGGCAUGAUGGAGCGUCUGCAUAUCUCCCAGAAGCGGAUCCGCGUGGCCGUGGUGGAGUACCACGAUGGCUCCCAUGCCUACCUUGAGCUCAAGGACCGGAAGCGACCAUCGGAGCUGCGGCGCAUCGCCAGCCAGGUGAAGUACGUGGGCAGCGAGGUGGCCUCCACCAGCGAGGUCUUGAAGUACACACUAUUCCAGAUCUUCGGCAAGAUCGACCGCCCCGAAGCGUCCCGCAUCGCCCUGCUCCUGAUGGCCAGCCAGGAGCCCCCGAGGCUGGCCCGGAAUUUGGUCCGCUACGUGCAGGGCCUGAAGAAGAAGAAAGUCACUGUGAUCCCCGUAGGCAUCGGGCCCCACGCCAACAUCAAGCAGAUCCGCAACAUCGAGAAGCAGGCCCCCGAGAACAAGGCCUUCGUGCUCAGUGGUGUGGAUGAGCUGGAGCAGCGAAGGGACGAGAUUAUCAACUACCUCUGUGACCUUGCCCCCGAAGCACCUGCCCCUACCCAGCACCCCCCUAUGGUCCCGGUCACUGUGGGUCCGGAGCUCUUGGGGGUUCCAUCAUCGGGACCCAAAAGGAACUCCAUGGUUCUGGAUGUGGUAUUUGUGCUGGAAGGGUCGGACAAAAUUGGCGAGGCCAACUUUAACAAGAGCAGGGAGUUCAUGGAGGAGGUGAUUCAGCGGAUGGACGUGGGCCAGGACAGCAUCCACGUCACGGUGCUUCAGUACUCGUACACGGUGGCCGUGGAGUACACCUUCAGCGAGGCCCAGUCGAAGGGGGAGGUCCUGCAGCACGUGCGGGAGAUCCGAUACCGGGGUGGCAACAGGACCAAUACCGGGCUGGCCCUGCAGUACCUGUCUGAACACAGCUUCUCCGUCAGCCAGGGGGACCGGGAGCAGGUCCCCAACCUGGUCUACAUGGUCACAGGAAACCCCGCCUCUGAUGAGAUCAAGCGGAUGCCUGGAGACAUCCAGGUCGUGCCCAUUGGAGUGGGUCCUCACACCAAUGUGCAGGAGCUGGAGCGCAUUAGCUGGCCCAAUGCCCCCAUCCUCAUCCAGGACUUUGAGACGCUGCCCCGAGAGGCCCCUGAUCUGGUGCUGCAGAGGUGCUGCUCUGGAGAGGGGCUACAGCCCCCCACCCUCGCCCCCACCCCAGGUACACGGGCACCUUGCCCGAUGGGAGGGCUGCCGCGGGCUGGCGGCAAUGCGGUUCUUGGGUUCAGUACCCGCUUCACUGUAACAGUUUAUGCCCUGGUGGGCAGAGCCGCUCUGGCUAACUUGCCACAGCUGGAGUCCUGGGGCCGCUUGCAGCAUGGGUGUCGGCGGCCCAAUGGCAUUCAGUACUGCCCCUUGGAAGGGACCGUCUGCUCCAAGACUCAGGAGCCUCAAAGGGCCCAUUCAGCAAUCAGCUCUGUUAACUGUGUGCAGCUUGGUAACACCUGCCUUUUCGCACGUGCGGGAGUUUGGAGAACGUCACAUCCAUCCCUUGCUCUCUUCUGUCCAGGUGUGUGCAUGGGCAGCUCUACCCGGCACAUCGUGACCUUUGAUGGGCAGAAUUUCAAGCUGACUGGCAGCUGCUCGUAUGUCCUAUUUCAAAACAAGGAGCAGGACCUGGAGGUGAUUCUCCAUAAUGGUGUCUGCAGCCCUGGGGUGAGGCAGGCCUGCAUGAAAUCCAUCGAGGUGAAGCAUGACGGCCUCUCAGUUGAGCUCCACAGUGACAUGCAGCUGACAGUGAAUGGGAGACUGGUCCCUGUCCCAUACGUGGGUGGGGACAUGGAAGUCAAUGUCUACGGCACCAUCAUGUAUGAGAUCAGAUUCAACCAUCUUGGCCACAUCUUCAUGUUCACUCCACGGAAUAAUGAGUUCCAGCUGCAGCUCAGCCCCAAGACCUUUGCUUCGAAGACGUAUGGUCUCUGUGGGAUCUGUGACGAGAACGCAGCCAAUGACUUUGUGCUGAGGGAUGGCACGGUCACCACAGACUGGAGAGCACUUGUCCAGGAAUGGACCGUGCAGGAGCCAGGGAAGACAUGCCAGCCGAUCUCCUGGGAGCAGUGUCCUGUCUCCAGCAGCUCCCACUGCCAGGUCCUCCUCUCAGAAUUGUUUGCUGAGUGCCACAAGGUCCUCGCUCCAGCCACCUUUUACGCCAUGUGCCAGCAGGACAGUUGCCACCAGGAGCAGGUGUGCGAGGCAAUCGCCUUGUAUGCCCACCUCUGUCGGACCAAAGGGGUCUGUGUUGACUGGAGGAGGACCAAUUUCUGUGAUAUGUCAUGCCCACCAUCCCUGGUGUACAACCACUGUGAGCGUGGCUGCCCCCGGCUCUGUGAAGGCAAUACGAGCUCCUGUGGGGACCAUCCCUCGGAAGGCUGCUUCUGCCCCCCAAACCGAGUCAUGCUGCAAGGUAGCUGUGUCCCCGAGGAGGCCUGUACCCAGUGCGUCAGUGAGGAUGGAGUCCGGCGCCAGUUCCUGGAAAGCUGGGUCCCAGCUCACCAGCCCUGCCAGAUCUGCAUGUGUCUCAGUGGGCGGAUGGUCAAUUGUACGUCGCAGCCCUGCCCCACGGCCAGAGCUCCCAUGUGUGGCCCGUGUGAAGUGGCCCGUCUCCGCCAGAAUGCAGAGCAGUGCUGCCCGGAGUAUGAGUGUGUGUGUGACCUGCUGAGCUGUGACCUGCCCCCGGCUCCUCCCUGUGAAGGUGGCCUCCAGAUGACCCUGACCAAUCCUGGCGAGUGCAGACCUAACUUCACCUGUGCCUGCAGGAAGGAUGAGUGCAGAAGGGAGUCCCCGCCCUCUUGCCCCCCACAUCGGACACCGACCCUUCGGAAGACCCAGUGCUGUGAUGAGUACGAGUGUGCCUGCAACUGUGUCAACUCCACGGUGAGCUGCCCGCUGGGGUACCUGACUUCGGCCAUCACCAACGACUGUGGCUGCACCACGACAACCUGCUUCCCUGACAAGGUGUGUGUCCACCGAGGCACUGUCUACCCUGUGGGCCAGUUCUGGGAGGAAGGCUGUGACGUGUGCACCUGCACCGACUUGGAGGACUCUGUGAUGGGCCUGCGCGUGGCCCAGUGCUCCCAGAAGCCCUGUGAGGACAACUGCCGGUCGGGCUUCACUUACGUCAUCCAUGAAGGCGAGUGCUGUGGAAGGUGUCUGCCAUCUGCCUGUGAGGUGGUCAUCGGUUCACCGCGGGGGGACUCCCAGUCUCACUGGAAGAAUGUUGGCUCUCACUGGGCCUCCCCUGACAACCCCUGCCUCAUCAAUGAGUGUGUCCGCGUGAAGGAAGAGGUCUUUGUGCAACAGAGGAAUGUCUCCUGUCCCCAGCUGGACGUCCCUACCUGCCCGACGGGUUUUCAGCUGAGUUGUAAGACCUCAGAGUGUUGUCCCACCUGUCGCUGCGAGCCCCUGGAGGCCUGCAUGCUCAAUGGCACUAUCAUUGGGCCCGGGAAAAGUCUGAUGAUCGACGUGUGCACGACAUGCCACUGUACCGUCCAGGUGGGGGUCAUCUCUGGAUUCAAGCUGGAGUGCAGGAAGACCACCUGUGAGGCCUGUCCCCCGGGUUACAAGGAAGAGAAGAACCAAGGUGAAUGCUGUGGGAAAUGUCUGCCUACAGCUUGCACCAUUCAGCUAAGAGGAGGACAGAUCAUGACACUGAAGCGUGAUGAGAUGCUGCAGGAUGGCUGUGAUAGUCACUUCUGCAAGGUCAAUGAGAGAGGAGAGUACAUCUGGGAGAAGAGGGUCACGGGCUGUCCGCCCUUCGAUGAACACAAGUGUCUGGCCGAGGGAGGGAGAGUCAUGAAAAUUCCAGGCACCUGCUGUGACACAUGUGAGGAGCUGGAAUGCAAGGAUAUCACUGCCAGGCUGCGGUAUAUCAAGGUGGGAGACUGUAAGUCUGAAGAGGAAGUGAACAUUCAUUACUGUGAGGGUAAAUGUGUCAGCAAAGCCUUGUACUCCAUCGACACGGAGGAUGUGCCAGACCAGUGUUCCUGUUGCUCGCCCACUCGGACGGAGCCCAUGCAGGUGCCCCUGCGCUGCACCAACGGCUCCCUUGUCUACCACGAGAUCCUCAACGCCAUGCAGUGCAGGUGCUCCCCCAGGAAGUGCAGCAAGUGAGGCCGCUGCCCUGGGCACCUGCUGUCGCCUGCCUCACCGACAAUGGGACCAGCCAGAGUGCUGCUGCUCGGUCCUCCUUGUGCUCCGAUCUUGUGCCCUCCUGAGCCCACAAUAAAGGCCAAUCUCUCACCUUACAGAAG